GGUGGAACGCAUAGCAGAUGGUGGAGAAAGAAAAUGCAGGUUCAUCUUGAUUGAUGGCUGCAUAGUUCAGGUAUUUCUGUCAUCGCUUAUAUACAUUCUUCCCAUCGGGUGGUGAUCACAGAGUGGCUCCAGACACUGCGCUAGUCGCCUACAACCUGAUCUUCUCAGGAUGGGGUAUCUGCUUCCACUGCAUUUGGCCGUCCUGCUCUUUAUGAGCGGAGUGACGAAGACUUAUGGAUCCACAACAGCUGAACAAGUGGACAUCGUAGCCACAACAGUUGAACAAGCCACAACACUUGAACAAGUGGACAUCGUAGCCACAACAGAUGAACAAGCCACAACAGAUGAACAAGCCACAACAGAUGAACAAGCCACAACAGAUGAACAAGUGGACAUCGUAGCCACAACAGAUGAACAAGCCACAACAGUUGAACAAGUGGACAUCGUAGCCACUACAGAUGAACAAGUGGACAUCGUAGCCACAACAGAUGAACAAGCCACAACAGAUGAACAAGUGGACAUCGUAGCCACAACAGAUGAACAAGUGGACAUCGUAGCCACAACAGAUGAACAAGUGGACAUCGUAGCCACAACAGAUGAACAAGUGGACAUCGUAGCCACAACAGAUGAACAAGCCACAACAGUUGAACAAGCCACAACAGUUGAACAAGUGGACAUCGUAGCCACAACAGAUGAACAAGCCACAACAGUUGAACAAGCCACAACAGAUGAACAAGUGGACAUCGUAGCCACAACAGAUGAACAAGUGGACAUCGUAGCCACAACAGAUGAACAAGCUGAACAAGCCACAACAGUUGAACAAGCUCCAUUCAGGCUGUUCUUCCCGGUUCUACCUGGUGCUGUUCGUGCUGUUACCUAUGAUGGAGAUAAUGAACUGGUCCAGCUCACGCAGCCAUUCUCCUACUUUGGAAGAGACUACACACAAUUAUAUCUCAGCAUGGAUGGUUUCCUUUCUUUUGAGCCCUUCAACUUUGACAGCUAUGUCCCAAUUUCACACAAGGAUAUCAUCGCUCCACUGUGGACUGACAUUGACACUUACACCAGGGGAAACAUCACCUACCAACAAGCAACAAGUGGACCACUUAUAGCACAAGCUACAGCAGAAAUUAGACAGAUGUACCCCAGGUCGGACUUCACUGCUGCCUGGGUGUUCGUUGGCACCUGGGAGAAGGAGGUGACUUUCCAAGUAGUCCUGAUCUCUGAUGAAGACAGUGACGUCUCCUUCAUCCUGAUGAACUACGGUCAAAUUCCAAACAAUCCACAAGUCUGGAUGGCUGGCUAUCAGACAGAGGACAAUGUCUAUCAGUUCAGGAUUCAGGCGGCCAGUACCGCUGACCUGUCCAGAACUUCCAAUGUUGGAAGGCCUGGUCGCUGGGCUUUCCGUGUUGAUGGUACGAUUUCUAGAGAAUGA